AUGUCUACUAUUGUCAAGCACCAUUCUGAAAAUCACGACGACAUCUUGGCUAAGGAUGAACAGAAUGAUGCCGUCGAGUUGACAGAAUCCUUCGUCAAUUUAUUAUCUUCUGCUUCCGCUAAUGCUGUGAUGAAGGAGAGCAACAGUUCGACGAUUUUGGUUGAACAAAAUAUGAAAACCUCAUCGAAUGAGCAAUUCUGUUUCCAGCAUGCACUUGAUACGAUGUGA